AACUUUAUUCCGUGAUCGUUGAAAAGAAAAGAAAAAGGUGGCAAAGGAUACAGCAAGGAGAGCAUUAUGGGGAUGAAAGGGGUCAUGUACCAAUACCACCAUCUUGAGGGCCUUAAACUGUUGUUGCAGUUUUGGAGAUACAGACAUUUAUUAUAUAGCAUGGAAGCUUGAAGAAUCUGAUGUUGAUGCUGCUGAUAUUGGUCUAGAGUGAAUUGGAGGCAUCAAUUCCAGAGGAAUUUCGAGAAGGUUUUCUUUUUGGUGUUGCUGAUAUUGGUGAAGAGUUGAACUGUGCAAAUCAGCUUUCUAGAGAGUAGUAAAGAUAAGUUGCUCUGUAUGACGACAAGAAAGGUCAUUGUGGAAGUUGUGGAGGCACGCAAUUUACCACCAAAGGAUGGAGAGGGGUCAAUCAGUGCAUAUGUGAUGGUCGAUUUUGAUGGGCAAUGCAAGCGUACAAAGACAAUACCCAAAAAAUUGAAUCCUGCAUGGAAUGAAAAACUGGAGUUCACUGUAAAUAAUCCAACAACAAUGAUUGGGGAGGAAUUGGAAGCAGAAGUAUACAAUGAUAAGAAGACUACUGUUGGACGCAACCCGUUUUUGGGAAGAGUGAAAUUGCUUGGAAGCCAGUUUCCCAAGAAGGGUGAUGAAAAUUUGGUUUUUUAUACUUUACAGAACAAAUCUGUGUUUAGUACGGUCAAGGGAGCUUUAGGACUUAAAAUAUGUUACUUCGAUGAACCUAUCAAGCCUCCUGAUCCUCCACCAGCAGAGCAGCCACCAGCCGAAGCCCCACCAGCUGAAGCCCCUCCACCUGCAGAAGCCCCCCCUACAGAUGCUCCAGCCCCACCUGCAGAUACUCCAGCUCCCCCUGCAGAUCCUCCAGCACCACCUGCAGAUGCUCCAGCGCCCCCUGCAGAAGCCCCCCCUGCAGCAGCUCCUCCUGUAGAUGCCCCCACUGCAGAGGCUCCUCCCGCAGAGCAACCACCUGCAGAGGCCCCAGCUGCUGCAGCACCUGGUGAAGCCCCUCCUGCUGAAGCUCCGCCAGCUGAAGCUCCUCCAGCUGAAACUCCUCCACCUGCAGAAGCAGCUCCCGCUGAAGCUCCUCCUGCAGAAGCUGCCCCUGCAGCUGCGCCACCCUCUUCUGAAGCACCACCCCCUGCUGACACUCCACCAGCAGAAGCACCCUCAACUACAGAGAAUAAGCCAGCAGAAGAAGUCAAGCCUCCCGAGGAAGUGGCCCCAACAAAAGAAAAGACAAUACAUCAUUAUGAGAGACCACCUAUGUCCCCACUGCCAUCCAUGUCGGCAGAAUAUUUCACAAAGGAUAUUCCUUUUGGACGUAAUGAUGAGAGAUCAACAUAUGAUUUGGUUGAGAAAAUGCAUUAUCUUUUUGUUAGAAUUGUGAAAGCAAGAGCUCUUGCAUCCAGAGAUUCUACAGGCAAUGCAGGAGAUCCAUUUGUGAAAAUUAGAGUUGGAGGUGAAGUUGUUCGAACUCGGAAGACACAAAAUAAUUCAUCUCCAGAGUGGAAUCAAAUAUUUGCCUUUGGCAAAGGCCCUCUUCAGGCAGCUCCAACUUUGGAGAUUUCUGUAUGGGACGAAAACACUGGUACAAAGGAUGAUUUCCUUGGAGGAGUCUGCUUUGAUCUUUCAGAAGUUCCAACAAGGGUCCCUCCAGAUAGCCCUCUGGCUCCUCAGUGGUAUAGAUUGGAAGGGGAAGGUAGAGUCAGAGGAGAUAUUAUGCUUGCUGUUUGGAUGGGAACACAAGCAGAUGAAACAUUCCCAGAGGCUUGGCAGUCUGAUACAGGAGGUGUGAUUAAUACAAGGUCAAAAGUUUAUGUUUCUCCAAAACUGUGGUAUCUAAGGGUUAAUGUGAUUGAAGCUCAGGACUUGGAGUUUCCUGAAAAAGUAAAAUCUCCCGAGCUCAAGGUGAGGGUGCAGUUAGGGAUGCAGGUUUUGAGAACCAGAGCCUCCAAUAAUAGAACUUCCAGCCCAGUUUGGAAUGAGGAUUUGAUGUUUGUUGCAGGUGAACCCUUUGAAGAACCAUUAAUGUUGUUGAUUGAAGAUCGACCUAAUACUGGAAAUAAUAAAGACACCACAGCUCUAGGUCAAGCCCUAGUUGGUUUAACAGCGAUUGAAAGAAGAGUGGAUGACCGUAUGGUAAGUUCUAGGUGGUUCAAUUUAGAUAAACCAAAUGGAGAACAAAAGUAUCAUGGAAGACUUCAUCUACGCUUGUGUUUUGAUGGAGGCUAUCAUGUGAUGGAUGAGGCUGCUCAUUCCAGUAGUGAUCUAAGACCAACUGCUAAACAAUUGUGGAAACCAGCUUUAGGCUACUUGGAAUUGGGAAUUUUGGGAGCCAAAAACAUGUUACCAAUGAAAACAAAAGGAGGAAGGAGUACAACAGAUGCAUAUUGUGUGGCAAAGUACGGACAGAAAUGGAUUAGAACAAGAACAAUUACUGAUAGCUUUAACCCAAGGUGGAAUGAACAGUACACAUGGGAAGUUUAUGAUCCCUGCACUGUUCUAACCUUAGGAGUCUUUGAUAACAGGCACAUUUACAUGAACAGCCAUGAUCAGAAGUCAUCUGACCUCAAGGAUGUUCGCAUUGGGAAAGUUCGGGUUCGCAUUUCUACACUUGAAAGCAAUAGAAUUUACACUAACUCGUACCCAUUGCUGGUUCUUCUGCCUUCUGGUGUGAAAAAAAUGGGAGAUAUUGAAAUUGCAGUAAGAUUUUCUUGUCCUUCAUUGCUUGAUGUGGUUCAGAUAUACAAUAAGCCAUUACUUCCAAAGAUGCAUUAUCUACAUCCCUUGGGCCUAACCCAACAGGAUAUGCUAAGAAAUAUAGCAAUGAAGAUUGUUGCAAUGCGUUUGUCUCGUGCUGAGCCACCUUUGAGGCAUGAGGUGGUGCAAUAUAUGUUGGACACAGACUCUAAUAUGUGGAGCAUGAGGAGAAGUAAGGCUAAUUGGUUCAGAAUUAUGAAUGUUAUAUCUGGUUUUGUAUCUGUUGUCAAAUGGAUUGAUGAUAUAUGCCAGUGGAAGAAUCCAAUCACCACAGUACUGGUGCAUUUCCUUUUCCUUAUCCUUGUCUGGUAUCCAGAACUAAUUGUGCCAACGGUUUUCUUCUAUGUCUUUGUCAUAGGUGCAUGGUACUACAGGUUUCGGCCUAGAAUGCCACCACACAUGGAUACCCGGAUUUCACAUGCAGACACAGUUGAUCCAGAUGAUCUUGAUGAAGAAUUUGACCCGUUACAGAGUUCUAAGGAUUCUGAAAUCGUUAGAAAGAGAUAUGAUAGACUGAGAAGCUUGGCUGCAAGGAUACAGACAGUGUUGGGUGACUUUGCUUCACAAGGAGAGAGAAUCCAAGCCCUUCUAAGUUGGAGAGAUCCUCGUUCUACUGGAAUGUUUAUUGCUACAUGUUUCAUGAUCUCAAUGAUCUUGUACAUUGUCCAUAUCAAAAUGGUUUUGAUAAGCCUUGCUUUCUACUUCCUUCGCCACCCAAGAUUCAGAGAGCCAAUGCCUGCUUCAAUCCUCAAUUUCUUUAGGCGUUUGCCUGCUUUGUCAGACCGCAUCAUGUAAAGCAUCCAAAUGGCUGAGCAUUGCCUUGCCAAGGGUAAGCGACAUAUGAUACAUCACUUAUACAUCUUUUCAUUUAGUGUCUGUCUUGAUUACACAAGUCUAACAGGUAUUUUGUACUAGUACAGCUUCAGAGCAUUACUAUGUUUUUUUAUUAUCUCCCAGUUAAAUGUUUUCUCGUUUUGACAUGUUGAUGUGUAGCAUUCAUCAAAUAGAUGAAUCCUGUCCUUGUAAGACAUGAUCAUGUAAAACAUCCAAGUUGGCUGAGCGUAAUCUUACCAUGCAUAAGCACCAUUUGAUACAUCUAUCAUACAUAUUUUCAUUUAUUCCCUGUCAUGUUUACCCAGAUCCAACAGGUGUUUUGUACUAGUAAAGCUUCAGGGAAUACUAGUUUUUUAUCUCUCAGUUAAACCUUAUCUUAUUUGGACAUGUUUAUGUGUAGCAUUAAUCAAAUGGACGAAUCCAUCUAUUCUCCUUUGCGCUCAUUCAAUUUUUCACCUCCUCAAACGCACCUGCCCUGUUAUCAGAUGUGCAGUGAUCUAACUAAAUCCUAUUGGUCCAGCCUGAUAAUGGUUGCAGUGGAGGCAAUUGAGAGGUGAAUGUGGUAGAUCUCUUUCUGGAAAGCUUCUCAGCCCAGAAGAAAGAACUAUACAGAAAGAACAAUGUUCCAGCUUAGGUGUCAUGGAGCUUUAUAAUUUCAUGUACAUUAAUAUAUAAUUAGGAUUCAUGUUAUUUCUCAAUCAAAAAAAAUAUGUUAAACUUCAGUAAUGGGAGUGUCUCUGAAAUAUGUUGAACUUCAGUCUUGGGAGUGUCUCUGAAAUAUGUUAAACUUCAGUCAUCACCAACAAAGUUGGCAGGCCUACAAUUUUUCAAAAUAAAAAAAAUGAGAGAACAUAUGGCUCAUUUUGUAGUAGUAUGGUGAAUGCCAAAUGGUAAUAGACCACAAGAAUAAUAUUUGUUACUUAAAUUUGCA